CCUAUGAUGCUAAGAGUGACAUUUGGUCAGUGGGAUGCAUACUUUAUGAGCUGUGUACUCAAGAGCCAGCGUUCUCUGCAGAGACUAUAAUGAAGCUCAUACCCAAGAUAAUCAGUGGUCAUUACCCAUCUCUCCCAGAGAACUUCUCAUCAGAGCUUUGGGGAAUACUGAAUGAUAUAUUCAGUAAAGACCCUCAAUCAAGACCAACAGCCAGUGAGCUCCUGGAGCGUCCUAUUAUGAUACGUUGUCUGUCAGAAAAGUGCAAAAAGACCGUAGAGGACCUCCAGACUAUGGUGGACAAGUUAAGGGAUGUGGCUGACAGUUUGGAACGUCGGCAUCAGGGCACCACAAUCGGCAGUCUGACAGGAGGAGUGAUUGGAGCAAUGGGAGGGAUUACAUCUAUAGUGGGCCUUAUACUGGCUCCCUUCACUCUCGGAGUCUCUCUUAUCGUCACUGGGGUUGGAAUAGGGGCCAGUGCAGCUGGUGGGGUCGCUGCUGGUGCCUCAAGUAUCACUAAUAUAGUCAACCAGUCCUCUAAUCGCAAAGCUGUUCGAAGCAUCAUUAAGAAGAUUCAACAGAAACUUAACUCAGUUGUCUGCUGGCACCAAGAGAUUUGCUACAGCUUACAGAGAAUCAGGAGCAGAUGUGACUCAGCUGGCAUAACUGGCGAUAAGGAGAGUGAGUUAAGCCAAGAUGACCCGUUUAAGUGGGGCUGCAUCAGGGCAGGAAAGGGCCUAGGUGGCAUUGCUGAACUGGUGCGAUUAGUUCAAGUGAUGAACAUGGGCAAAGUUGCAGCACAAGGGGCCAGGGCAGUACGUGUGGCAGAGGUAGCAACAGGUGUGUUCUCUGCUUUAUUUUUGGCAGUGGAUGUCUUUUUCAUUGCCAUGGAUGCAAAAGAGAUACACCACAUCAGACAGGCAAAGGCAGCAAGUGAAAGACAGGGAACUCCUUCUGAGUCAGUGUCUGAGACUGACACCAGUAACUCUGUGUCUACCUUUGACCAAGCUCCGCUAAUGCGCAGCUCAUCGACUGAAGUGAUUACUAACAUGGCUGAACUUGAGUCUGACAGAUCAGAGGCACAGGACCAGUCUCCCCCAAUCCGAUCUGAGAUCAUGAGAUUUGUUCAUUCAAUCAGGCAGGCAGCAGAUGACUUGCAGAAAGUCUUAGAUGAGCUGAAAAGCAUCAACUUCCAAGAUAUGGAAUCAAUGUAAAAGAAAGGUCACAUUGAAUGAAAUCAGAAGCACAUUAAUUUACUCAUUAAAGUGUAGGUACACCCAAUAGAAAACUCGGAUUGCACUGCCACCCAGCUUUAGAUCCAUGCUAAGCCCCCAUCCUUUACAUACGUCAGUUUACAUUACACUGUGGCGCAAUGCUACGUCACAUUUGAGUGUAAUCAAAAGUGCCUCA